AUGAAGAUCAUUUUAUUGGUUUUUUUGAUUGGAACUACAUUUGCAAGAGAUGAAAGCUUUUUUGCUUAAUUAAGAAAUAGUGAUUUUGGAAAAACAAUCAUCUAAACUCUUUAAGUCUAAUUAUCUUAAGAACAUACAGCAGAUACAGUUGUUCAUCUUCUAAAAUAAAUGAAAGAUGAUCUUAACAAUGAAUAAAGAGUUGAAGAUGAUGAAAUUAAUGGAUAAUUAAAAACAUGUUAAGAUGCUUCAAGUGCUGCAACAGCUGUUUUAACUAUUGCUAAAGAACGUAAAGCAACAUCAGAAGAAAGAUUACCAUUACUUUAAUAAGAAUAAAAUGAUAAGAAACAACAAUUAUUUGAUAAAUAAGGAGAAGAAUAAAGAAAUUUAGAUAGAAUUAGUGUAUUAUAGGAAGCGAGAAAUGUUUAAAGAGUAAAUUAAUUAUAAAAUUUAAUUAGCAAGAAUUUGAACAAAGAAGAGAUGAAUUAGUAGGUUUAGUUUCUGCACUUUAAGAAGCUAAAAAAAUCUUAUCUUAAGGUAUUGGAGCUUUGAAAAAAAAUAAUUUUGUUGAAUUAAAAAAUCAUCAUCAAAAUUUCUUAAAAUAUUAUCCAAAUAAGAAAGGAUUUCAUAGUAUGGUUGAAGUUCUUUUGUCUGUUUUAUAAGAAGAAAAUACUCAAGAAAAUGCUGCUUAAAAAGUUGUUAAAAUAAUUGAUACACUUGUUGAUAGCAUUUUCUAAGUUUAAAAAGAAGAAAUGAAAGCAGAUGAUGCUAGAGAAUUAGACUUUUUAACAUAAAAAGAAAGAUUACUUUUAGCUAAUAGACGAUUAUCUGGUAGUGUCGCUGAUUUAAAUGCUGCUAAUGAAAGAAUUGGACAAAAAAUAUUAGAAAUCAAAAAUGAUAUUGCUAUUCAAGAUUCUGUAAAUAAAAUUAUAUAAAUUUUAGAUUAUUUUUAAUAAAUCUACAGAAUAGGCAGAUUGGGAUUAAACUUGUAAUGAUACAGAAAAGGCUCAUAGAUUACAAACUGAAUAAAGGUAAUUUAAUUAAUUAUAAAAAAGAAAUGCUUAAUUAGCUAUUAUUGUUGAAUGCAUCGAUAUCUUUGAAACCAGAUUUGAUAUGGAAACCAAAAGCUACAUUUAACGCCUUAGAUUCUGAAUCAAAUAUAAUUGACGCAAUAUAAAAGCAAUAAAAACGGA